UGCUUCAUUUUCACUCAUACAAAACCAGAGAAAAAUAAAUUAAAAAAAAAUUUCAAUCGAAAAUCGCCAUGAAUCCCAAAAUCCUCAUUCUCUUCGCUCUUCUUCUGAAUUUCGUGUCCAAUUCGUUCCAAAACCCUAACCCUAACCCUAAAACCCCCAAAUCAACGCCAUCGGUGGCGCACGUUGAACUCACCAACUACGGCUUCCCUGUGGGCCUUCUCCCGGCCACCACCGUCUUGGGCUACGCCGUGAACAGAUCCUCCGGCGACUUCUCCGUUAAGCUCGGCGGCGCGUGCAAGAUCACGCUCCCGCCGGACAACUACGUGGCCACGUACUCCGACACCAUCACCGGGAAGAUCGAGAAGGGGAAAAUUGGGGAGCUUGACGGAAUUAGGGUUCGCGCGUUCUUCAAGUGGUGGUCGAUCACCGGAAUCCGCUCCUCCGGCGACGACAUCGUCUUCGAAGUCGGCAUGGUCACGGCGAAGUAUCCGUCGAAGAAUUUCGACGGCAGCCCCGCGUGCGAGGGCCAGCACUCUGCUUCGUGAAAAAAGUUAGAGUUUGGUUAUUCGCAGGCUUCGUGUGUCGUGUAAUGAAAUAGCAUCCAUCUAAGUGCAGAGAAUUUGAAAGUGCUCGUAUUGUGUGUAAUAUACUAGGCUAGUAAUAGUAGGACUUUUACGUAAUCGUAUUUAUGCUGCAACGAAUCUACUUCGAUGGUCACGUCGUUACUCGUUGGACUCAUAAAUAAGUUAUAAGGCCACUUUCGACGUUUCUUGUUUAAUA